UUCUUCCGUGCCCAAAAAACCCUAAUACUCCCAACAUAUUUACGAAAAAACCACGACUGUGAAAGCUUCUUGUCCGCCGGUCAGGAAGGCCAUUUUCGGAUUCGCAACAAAAAAGUAACCGCUAUUUCUUAUUUUUUCGAUCAUUUCUUCCUCCCCAAAAGAACAAACUUUGAAAUAAAUCACAAGAAGAAGAAAAUUACAGUCGCAGUCAGAUUCUUCAAUUUCCAUUCCUGAUUAGAAGUUGUACAGAGUUUGGAUGAAUAACCAGUCUACCGGGCGCAACCAGAGACCCGCCAAAGGGUUGAAGGUGAAACAGGCAAUUCAGAUUGCAUUGAUUUUGGCAGUUUGCUUCUGGUUGCUAUACCAGAUGAAGCAGUCACAUGGCAAGGACUAUAGUGAAAGUUCAAAGGACAAGGCCAGCGAAGAACGCGGUUCUGAUAUUUUAGGGCGUAAGGGGAGUGCAGGGUGGUCAAAAGGUGGAGCUGUGUCUGCAUCAGAAGAUCCGAAACAUGUAGGAGAAGUAAGUGUAAAGAAAGAAGAUGGGAAUGUUGAAGAGAAAAAUGAAGAAGAAUCUUUGCAGAAUGUAAACGAAGCGAAUCAGGUUGAAAAGGAAACAGAAAUUCAGAACAAAGAAUUGAACAAUAAAGAUGAUAAUUCUGAAGGUGCAGUUAAAGGAAAUGAUGAAUCGGUGGGGCUCGACAAGAGUUCUUCGCAUGAAGAAAAUUACCAAGAGGGCCUAGGUACGCAGGCAGUUUUCGCUGAUCAAGAUGGUGCGAAACAUGUGAAUCAUGAUGAAGUAGGAGAGGACAAGGAGCAAAUACCACAAGAUAAGCACGACGAGCAAGAAAAUGGAAAGGGACAAGCUAAGGAGCCAAAGAGAUUGGAGGAAUCUCGUACCACUGACAAGGAGCCAAAGAGUACAACAUACAAGGACAUUUCAGUACAACGCAGUGAAAGUAAGAAUGACUCUCUUGAGGGCCAAAAUUCAGUGGUAGACGGAGUGGUCCAUGGCUUUGAUGAUGUGAAUGGCGUGCCAGUAGAUGGCCAUGAUCUCAUAGAAUCCAUAGUGACUGGAACCGGCGGUGAUCAAGCAAUUACCGGACAUCAGGAAAUGAAUUCGAGUUCUAACAAUCAAAGUGAAAUCAGCAAAAACGCAUUAAAUGAAGAAGUUGGGUCUAAAGAAGGAACAACUGGUGCUGAUUUGGAAGCCAAAAGCAAAAUCUCAGUACAAGGCUCGAACAUUGACAUUAAAUCGAAGGUGGAAACAAGUUCAGACACCUCGAGGAUCGAUAGCGUUUAAGAGACUACACAGGGGGGCAGUUCCGUUUCAGAUUCAUAGCAGAAACAAAAUGUCAUUAACAUUACAAGUAUCUGCACAAGCAGAAGAAACGAGAGGUAGAAAGUGAGUUGAAUUAGUAGCAUUUCUUCUUGAGUGACAUUGUACAGUCUAAUUUCGAGUUUUCUUACAAGUCGUUGGACAUUUUCUUGGCCCUAGAUCCGAUAACAGGUGAUAGUUUGAUGUCGAAUAGUCAUACAUACGUACUAAAAUGUUUACUUUCUCGGUGCUAUUUCAGAGAUAAAAGUUUCGGUUUCGGUUAAUAUUACCAUU